AUGGUUACAACAGUCUUCACCAAUGGCCGUGUCCUCUUUCCCGGCUUAUGGGGUAAUUUUGUCCCCACCCUGGUAGUCGAGGACGACCAUAUCACGCACGUCGGCUGGGAGCAUGACCAGGCAGUUGUUCGGGUUCAAGCGACAGCAUUAACAGUGGAUUUGAAGAAUCGAAUCGUCCUCCCGGGGUUCAUUGAUGGCCACGUGCAUAUCCUCAAUUUCGGUAUGUCGCUGCAGAAACUUGACCUUCUGCCUUGCAAGAGCCUCGCAGAUAUCCGAAAUGCCAUCACUUUAUAUGCCGCGACUCAUCCAUCCGAUCCACGCAUUCUAUGCCGAGGCUGGGUCCAAUCGGUUACGGAUGGCAACGCUCUUGCAACAGCCUUGGAUGACCUAGAUCCGCGACCGAUCUAUAUCGAGGCAUUGGACCUCCACUCGACGUGGGGGAAGAUUCAUCGCUGCCAGAAUGGGAUACCGUCUGGCUUACUCGAGGAGGCUGCGCAGUUCGACAUUGUCUGGCCGUUUUUGGACCGAGUCACGUCCAUGGAGAAGAAGGUAGCCGCAAUUGACGCUGCGAUCAGUGCCCAUCAACGUGCUGGGUAUACCGGACUCGUGGAUAUGGCUAUGGGAGAGAGUGAGUGGGCGGCAUUGAAUACCUACAGAAACCAACGUGGUGGGCUUCCAAUGCAUGUGGCAGCACACUGGUUGGUGCCCUACUCAAAAUGUGACUCCGAUAUUUGCGGUCAUAUUGACCGUGCCAUUGAGCUUCGACAAAUCUUCAACCGCAAAACCUCCCCAGAGUUUUGUAUCAAUGGCAUUAAGCUCCUCUGUGAUGGCACUGUGGAUGGGUGUACAGCGGGACUACACCAGCCGUAUGGCGGAUCUUCCAAUAUCGUCGAUCCCAUCUGGCCUGCUGGUGCCCUUGCAGCAGCUAUUCGCCGCGCUACUGAUGCCGACCUGCAGUGCGCCAUUCAUGCAAUCGGGGAUCGAACAGUGCAGCAGGCUAUUGACUGUUUAUCGCAGGUUCAGAACCUGUCAGCUUGUCGUCAUCGUAUUGAACAUUUAGAGAUAACAACUCCCAAAGAUGCGAGAAGGCUUGGCCAACUGGGAAUAGUGGCCUCAGUCCAGCCUGUCCACCUAGACCCAGCGACCUUUGGGGGAUGGCCAGAGAUGCUUGGGAAUCAGCGUUGCAGGCGGGCUUUCGCGUACCAAGACUUCGUCGAUGCCGGUGCUCAUUUGGCCUUUGGGACCGAUGCCCCCACUGCGGAGCAUCACGCACUAUCAAAUCUUUACAUUGCUACCACUCGGCGGUCGUCUAUGGAUCCCUCCUUGCAAGAUACUGUCAAUCCCGAGUUCGCGGUUUCCCUCGCGGCCGCUGUCUCAGCAGCUACUGCGGGGGCUGCGUAUGCGUCCUUUUCAGACUCGUGGACGGGGAGUCUACGUCCGGGAUUCAGUGCCAACUUCGUUGUGCUGGAUAUGGUCUGGGCCCCGGGGUCUCUGCUAGAAGCUCGGGUGUGCCAAACCUGGUACAAGGGAAAGAAGGUGUUUGAUGAAGAGGCGGGUGGCCUGUGA